AUGGCACAGGAAUCCAACGGGGAUGAAAACUUCCAGAGAUCCCACACGAGGAUGAGCAGCAUGCCAAACCCAGGGUUCUCUGAGCGGGAAAGACCCACCCUGCAACAGGAAGGCACCCAGAGCUUCAGCCGGGGCUUGGAGCUGGGAGUCCUUGAGGAGCUUCACGGCAGGGAGAAGCGCUACAAGUGCUUGGAGUGUGGGAAGAGCUUCAGCCGGCGCUCCGCCCUGAUCCGCCACCAGUGGACCCACACUGGGGAAUGGCCCUACGAGUGUGGGGAAUGUGGGAAGGGCUUCAGCACAAGCACCCACCUGAUCCGCCACCUGCUGAUCCACACUGGGGAGAGACCCUACGAGUGUGCGGAAUGUGGGAAGAGCUUCAGCGAGAAGUCCCAUCUGAUAAGGCACCAUCGCACCCACACUGGGGAGAGGUCCUACCAGUGUGAUGAAUGUGGGAAGACCUUCAGUCAGAGCUCCCACCUCAUCUCCCACCAGCGGAUCCACACUGGGGAGAGGCGCUAUGAAUGUUCUGAAUGUGGGAAGAGGUUUCAGACGA